CCCCUCCUCUCCAUUGCCUCUCUGCCAUAGGGAGCACACUAGUGCUGCUUCUGCUUUCAUCCUUCUCCAAGCCCUAGCCUCUACACACGACUGCGUCUCAAAAUGGUUGCCUGAUUAGUGAGCCUCCUUUUAUUCUAUAUCUUUCAGUCAGAGAACGAGAACAGGGGAGACAUAUAAGUGUCUCUCUAUCGCAGCAAUCUAGAAUUUCUAGAUCAAAAAAUACCCUACGCUCUUUUUUUUUCAUUGCCUGCAUGUGUGUUGUGUACAGUUGAAGGAAAUGCAGGCCUUAAAAUGCAAACAUCUUCAAAUUAAAAGGCAAAAAUUAUCUAAGCAGGUAUUAAAGUAGAAGAAAAUUUUCCUAUGUCAUUCUCAAAAAAAGGACGGAAAGCGUUUUUGAGCAAGGCAGAUUGGUCUUUCUCACUACGAGGCAUUUGGCAAUGGAAUUCAGUGCCUCAUCUGUGUUCGAUCCUCACAAAGAUGCGGUUGAGGAGGUGGAUAUAAAUGUUGUCUUUCAAGCAGCUGCAAAUGGGGAUGUCAACACGUUAACCACAAUCAUACGGGAAGAUCCGUCUAUUUUGGAAUGCUGCGAUGGGGAAGGAUCAACACCCCUUAUGCACGCAGUUUCUGGCAGGCAGGUGGACACUGUGAAACUUCUGCUGAAGAUGGGAGCUUCCAUCAACACUCAGGAUGCAUGUGGGAGAACGUCGCUAUCCCUUGCAACAUACCUUGGCUGGCUUGAAGGCUGUGUUUGCCUGUUGCGGAACGGGGCCAAGCAGAACAUCCCUGACAAGAACGGACGGCUUCCGAUUCACGCAGCCACGGCGGAAAACGAUGUCAAAUUGAUGGCAGUCCUGUUGCAGCAAUCCAUGGUCUCCGAAAUAAACCAUCAGGACAAUGAGGGUAUGACAGCGCUGCACUGGGCUUCCUUCCAUAACCGCCCAGCACAUGUACAGGCCCUCCUGCAGAAAGGGGCAGAUCCAACCCUGGUGGACAAAGACUUCAAAACAGCUCUUCAUUGGGCAGUGCAGAGUGGCAGUAGGUACAUGUGCUCUCUUAUCCUGGCCCAUCCUCUUGGCUCCUCUGUCAUCAACUACGACGACGAGAACGGGAAGACCUGCGUCCAUAUCGCUGCUGCGGCCGGUUACAGUGACAUCAUCGUGGAACUGGCGCUCUUCAGCGAGACAAACCUGCAAGCCCUGGAUGUGGAUGAAAGGACUCCGCUUCAUUGGGCCUCAGCAGCCGGGAAGGAGGACUGUGUCCAGGCGUUACUUCAGCUCGGAGCGGCGCCUGCCCCCAGGGACAUCAAUGAAAACACGCCACUGACAUAUGCAAUGUACUGCGGUCAUACAGCCUGCAUCAAACUCCUCUCAGGUGUCAAUAGAUUGGAUUCUCCGCGGCAGCACAAGUCACAGGGCGUGUGUGACACGGCCCAGAAGAAAGACGGAAAAUUCCACAUGUUCAACCAAAUCUUCUCCUGUAAAAGGAAGAAGGAGAACAACAAGGUGGGGAAGCAAGAGCUGAGUUGUGGGGACGAACUGCCAGCAGAAGAUACGUCGGAAGUGGACGACAUCAUCACCACGUUUGACAGCAUCAUGGAGGCCACUUCAACCAGCACCACUUCCGCCAAGGAAAAGGGAGAGGAGGACUUAAAGACUAAGGUCCAGUUGAUCAGAGUGCAGAAACCCCAGGAACUGGAUAACUAUGUGGAGGACUUUAAAUCACUCUCUGUAAGGAUGCAAUGUCUUCCCCCGAUUAGUCUUGGCAAUUCCUGGUUGUUGGGAUCCCAUAAUUCUGUGCAGCAAAACGAUCAAACAGUGUCCCCUCUGCACCCACUUGCUCAUCCGUCUCAGAAGAGCAAAAGUGAGCAUAACUUGUCGGACAGUCAUCUUGAGGCCCGGACUAGAGAAAGCGGUGUCUCUAAAAUGGAAUCCCGCCAGACGUUUUUAGCCACUAAAUCCUGGAUAUCCCAAAGGACGAGGAGUCUGUUGGACAAACAUGAGAUGUCCAGCAAUGUGGAUGUCCUCUACUCCAACCUAGUCCCAUAUAUACAGAAGGAUGAACACGUCCUAAAUUCGCAACUGCUGCCCAAUGACAGGCUGAAGAUGAGAGAGACUCGGAACUGCUUGGCAUCAAUCCGUGACCAAUGUUCUCUUCGUUUUUCUUUACCAACGGACGAAGUCUCCAAAGGCGUAAAGAAGUCUAAGUCCCUGCCACUACAGUCCAUGGAGCAGAGCUUUGGGGGACUUCCCCCACCCGUCACAUCCAAGUCACAGAGGUUAAGUAAGCCACAAAGCCAGUCGCUGUGCUAUUUCCUACCUAUGCUGAACGGAGAGCCUCUGAGAACUGUUCAGGUCCUCCCUGCCAUCCCCUCCCAGAGAAGGCAUAGUGCGACGGUGACGGAACCAAAACCAGGUGCUGACAGUUUUGUCAACAGAACCUGAGUUCAAUUCCAGCAUUCUUUGAGGGCAAAGAGAUUAUUCACUGUUAUUCAGCUGGCUGUACAGCUAAUUGUACAGUUGAACUUUGAAUUGAUGAACAUCAAGACGCAUAUUGCAGAGGAUACCUUUAUUACUUUUUGACAAGUUUAGGUUGUAUAUUGAAUCGUAAAGAAUUUAAUAAUUUGUCUUGCAUUUGUCUUAUCACUACUAAUUUACACUUUAAUAUUUAUGAACAAAUAUUACUAUAAUUUUCUACAUAUUUUUACUUAACGGACAACUCCACAAAUUGGCAUGCAUUGUGUACUUUUGGCACUUUAAAUAUGAUCCAGAUUGUAAUGUCACAUACUGGUUUACAAAUCAAAUAAAGUAUGACAUUAUGA